CCCGAAACUCAGCUGAAGCGAGUGAGAGCAUGGCGGGCAGUGUAGCGGGCAGUGCCGCUGCGCAGAAAGCUGCUAAACUCCAGUCUCUGAAUGGGUUGUUCGCAAUUUACAAGAAAGCAGGACCGACGUCAGCUGAUGUCUUAAACACGCUGAAAGAAAAACUGUUACAAGAAGCUGGUCUGAAACAGAAUCCCAAGAAAAGAAAAAGGCAUAUUCUCAAGGUCGGGCAUGGAGGGACUCUGGACAACUCUGCUUCAGGAGUGCUGGUGGUUGGCAUCGGGAAAGGAACCAAGAUGCUGGGUAAUAUGCUGUCGGGUUCAAAGAAAUACACCACAGUUGGAGAAUUGGGGAAAGCCACCGACACAUUGGAUGCUACAGGAACUGGAACUGAAGAGAAGGCUUAUGAUCACAUAACAAAGGAUGAAUUUGAGGAAAGUUUGAAGAAAUACAUCGGAAACAUAAUGCAAGUUCCUCCAUUAUACUCUGCCCUGAAGAAAGAUGGACAGAGGCUUUCUGUGUUGCUGAAGAAAGGACAUGCAGUGGAAGCAAAGCCAGCAAGACCUGUUACAGUGUACAGCAUCUCGCUGCAGGAGUUCAAGCCUCCCCUCUUUACUCUCGAUGUUGAGUGCGGUGGAGGCUUUUACAUCAGGAGCUUGGUCAAUGACAUUGGUAAAGACCUUUCCACCUGUGCCCAUGUGAAGGAUUUGAUCAGAACCAAGCAGGGUCCUUUCACACUGCAAGAGCACGUGCUUCACGAGGACAAGUGGACCAUCGAUGCCAUCGCUCAGUCCAUACAGGACUGUAUGUGCCUCUUCCCAACGGAGCCAGACUCGAAGAGACUGAAGACAGACUUGGAUCAGCCCAGCAAAGACUCGCAAGCUGUUGAAGUGGAGUCCUGAGUUAAACUAUUGCCCUGGCAGUCCCAUACUGUGUUGAGUGAUUCUCGCUUGUUAGGGACCCUGCAGGCUCAUUAAAACUUAAUGAUAUUUCUCAUAUUUCACCAUUUUAAGUGUCUGAUUAGUAGCCUGCUGUUCUGUACAGCUUAGCUACUGUCCUUUGCAAUACUAUAAUUAGUCUUUUGGUAGGUAUUACUGUAAGCAGCAGAAUCUAUUAUUUGUAGCAGCUCCCAUCUAUAAUGCUAAAUUAAAGAUCCUAGAAAGUUAUACUUUUGUUUUUUUCUCUCCUUAAAGCAGAAUGAAAGGUAGCAAUGUAUUUAAAAGAUGUAUUGCUAUAGUGGAGUCUCAUUAAAGAUCUACACUGGCUGACUCAUUCUGUUUCAGCAGGUGCAGAAGCCUGACACAACUAUAAUAAUUAAAAACAAAGGUCAGUGUACAGUUUAACCAGGAUUUUGACUGUACACUUACACUGGAAAUGUUUCUUUAAAUAUUUUAAAUACAUUUUUAAAACCUACUGUGUGGGGAUAUAGAUUGUUCGGAACAUCAGUUUUUGCACCAGAAACAAGUAGAUAAACCCCAUGGAGGUAACGUUACUGGAGAUCCCAGCAAUGAUGUAGGCAAACUGAUUGAAAUGUGUCCAUCAGUCAGGCAGUGUGCCAAACUGAACAUGUCUUAGGCAUCCCUCAGAAGACAUGGUUUGCUCCUCAGUCUUUUCUGAGAUUCUCUACAAGGGGUCAUCCUCUGGUUUGAGAAAUGUAACCUUUUGAUGUUGCUUGACACAUUUACAGUUGGUGCAGGCAAGCUGGGGUUUGCUUUUCAGUCCGGCCGCCACAAAGAAGGUUUUCGAUGCAGUGAAGGGCAGUUCUGCAGAGAAGCUCUGUUUGUAUCUGUAACAUUAUCAAGGGAACCAAAAAAAAAAACUUGGAUCGACCAGACCGCAUAUAGCAGGGUUGUCCUGGAGGGCCAUUCCACUCUGGGUUUAACAAGGAAAAUGAUAGAAUGAACUACUGCAGGGUCUGGCUGGAGUGUAAUUGGUUCAAUUAAACAAUUCAAAACAAAGUUGGAGUAAAGACCAGGACUGGAAGGGCCAGUUUUAGCUAUGGCUGAUGUAUAGCGCAGCCAUUACAUACAGUACAUGCAUAUUCUUGGUGCUCUGCUAUUCUGUUUUGGCAGGAGAGCAAUGCAAAGCCAACACUACCGAGAGUAUAUUGUAUUGUUCUGUGAUCAGGGUGAUUGUUUCAGCUGUAAUGAGAUGUUACAGGCUUUGUUUUAUAGCUGCACAUGGAAGGGAGUAGUUUUGUGCAUAAUGAGGGGCUAUUAACUAUUCGCUUGUUUUAUUUUCAUACUGAUACUUAUUCAGAGGCGUGAGAAACAUGUAUGUGCAUUGUAUUUUAAUGUUUGUGUUUAAUGUGCUAUGCCUUGUAUCUCACUGUAUUUAAUGUAUUGUGCAUUGUUUCUCACUGUCUUGUAAAGCGCUUUGCACUAUGAAAGGCGCUAUAUAAAAUAAAGCUUGAUUGUUUGUUUGCCUUGCCUCCUUAUCACCAACUUUUGACUUCAGCAAGGAGUAACCUGUCCUCAUUAUUUGAACCCCUAAUAGUGAUCUCUGAUGACUGCAAAGCACCUGUGCUGUUCUGAAGCAGUUCUUCUUUCUUCAGAGUCGCUUAUAGUGGUUGUACUGUGAAUGAUCAUUUAGUUGUACGGUUUGUAAAGCUGACGGUUCUGUGUCCAGCUGAGAGUGUUUUAAUCCUGUGAGUUCUCUGGCUUUGGUCGGGAUAUUGUUAGUCUAAUUAUCCAGAGAAUCAGUCUGAUGCUCAUCUCUGAAUCCCUUCCUGUGGCUCUUAUUCUGUCAAACAGAAACUGUUUUACGUACCCUGUUUAAAAACUGGAUGGUGAUGUAAAGGAUCAUUUGACCACUGCCUGACAACAGAGGCUUUUAGCGCUGUAGAACGCCCAUCCUAAAAUAAGUAAUAGAAAAAACCUUUUUUUAGCAAAUUAAAAUGAAUACCCUUUAGGAGUUUCACCAAGUAAUUAUAGCUGUUAAGAAGAUGUUAAAAAUAUUAAAAUAAAAAUUAAAACCACA